AUAUAUAUAUAUAUAUGAAAAUAGCAUCUAAAUAAAUUGAAAUUAUAAAUUUAACAAAGAAGAAGAAAAAAGCAAAUUCUUGUACAUACAAAAAAAAAAAUUGUGAUUUUCUGGUAAAUUAAAAUUCCAAUAAAGAGGAUAAAGAGAUAAAAGAUUAAAUAAUGAAUAAUAUGCUUAAUAUAAUAUAGAAAAGCAAUUGUUAAACAUAAAAAAAUAAAUGCAAAAAAGCGAAGAAAAAAUAUAAAAAUGAAAAUGAAGUAAUUUGAAAAAUUAAGCUGUUAAAAAAUAAGGAUAUUGUCUUAUGUACUCUCUCCGGUCCUGUGAAUUUUUAAGUGAUUUCAUUUGCUUUAAUAACCAAAUUUUAAUUUAAUCUUUUACAUUAUUAAAUGCAAAAUGAAUAAAAGUGCACUGUGAAUUUUAAUAAGUAAAACAAAAUUAUUUUAUUUCGACGGAAAAAAAAAAUCAGUAGAAAAAGUAGAAAAUUAAAAUUGAAAAAAAAAAAUUAUUUUUAUUUUACUGCAUUAAUUUUAAAAGAAAAGUUAUAAAAUAUAAAAAUUUUAAUUAAAUUAAUUUUUUAAUAUUAAAAAUUUCUAUUUGAAAUUGCAAUUUUAAAAUGAAUUUUAAAUAUGAGGAAAAAAACAAGAAUUUCAACAAUGUGUAAAGGCUAGAACGAACAGAAAUGAAAUAUAUGUAUAUAUAAAAAUGAAAUUCAUAUAAAUUUUAGAGAAAUUAAAAAAAAAAGAAAUUCAACACAAUAUGGAAACACGAAAUGGCAUCAAAACAAGACAAUCAAAUUUAGAUUUUUCCCACCAACACCAUAAAAAGGUCAACUCUGUUAAAAUAUACCAUCAACCAGAAAAUGUAAUCGAAACAAAAAUAACUAUUCUAUUAUACUAACAUAAAAAUGGCCAAUUAAAGGAUAUAUAGAAAUAGCAAUAAUAGCAACAACAACAGUAAUACGAAAUUAUAUAAUAAAUUUUUUAUUAUUAACAUCAACAAAUAAUAUAAAAUAUCGAUUUGGACGAAUGUCAUCAUCAUCAUCUGGGAAUUUUUCAAUAUUUUCAAUAUCAUUGAUUAAAUUAUUUUUAAUUAAAUUAAUCAUGACUAUUGCCACUGGAUCGUGUUCAUCAAUAUUAGAAAGCUCUAUUUUAAAUAAUAAUAAUACAAUUAUUGAAACAAAUAAGACUUUAAUAUCAUCACAAAAAGCAAUAUACAAUAAUAAUGGUAAUAAUAAUAAGAGACCUGAUAACAACAGUAACAGUAAUAAUAUAUUAUUUUUAACUGUAACAUCUACAAUAUCAACAAGAAUAGUAGCAGUAACAGCAACAACAACAACAACAACAACACCAUCUUCAAUAAUACCAAAUUUAAAUAAUGAAAAUAAUUAUUAUAAUAAAAAUUUUACAAUAGUUAAUGAUAAAAUUAUUAAUAAAAAUAAUACAAUUAUUAAAAAACCAAUUGAUAUAUUAAAAUAUAAUAUUAGUAUUUAUGAUGAUGAUAAUGAUAAUGAUGAUGAAAAUGAUGAAAUUUUAAAUGAAUUACAAUCAAAUUAUAGUGUUAAUGAAAUUUUCCGUCCUCUACUAAAUAUUAAUGAUAUGAUCAAUUUUCGAUACUCUUCAGAAAAUUACAGUGAAUAUUUUUAUGAAACAUCCAAAGAAAUAAUAAGCUCCUCUUCUAAUUAUAAUUUAAAUUUUAAUAGUAAUAAUAUUAAUAACGAUAAUAGAGCUGAUGAAAAUUCUCUAAAUAACAAAUCAAUUAGUGAAAAUCAAAUUAAUAAUGAAAAUUCUAUUAAAUCAAUAAUUAGUGAUCAUUAUAAAGUGAAUGAAGUUUUUGAAAAUGAAAAAAAAUUAAAUUUUAAAUCAAAAAAUAAUUUUAAUGAUAAUAAUAGUAAUAAUAAAAGAAGAAAUGGUAAAAUAGUGAUUUUAGGACUUUUUGAAUUAAGUACAAAAUAUGGUAAAAGACCAGAAGGUUUAAGUGAAUUGGGUGCUGCAAAAAUGGCUGUUGAACAUAUUAAUAAAAAAAAUUUAUUACCAGGUUAUACAAUAGAAUUAUUAACAAAUGAUACACAGUGUGAUCCAGGUGUUGGAGUCGAUCGAUUCUUUCAUGCUUUAUACACUCAACAUUCGACAAGGAUGGUUAUGCUAUUGGGAUCUGCGUGUUCUGAGGUAACAGAAAGUUUAGCUAAAGUUGUACCAUAUUGGAAUAUUGUACAGGUAUCAUUUGGAUCAACAUCACCAGCAUUAAGUGAUCGUCAUGAAUUUCCAUUUUUCUAUAGAACUGUAGCACCAGAUUCAUCACAUAAUCCUGCUCGUAUUGCUUUUAUACGAAAAUUUGGUUGGGAUACAGUUACGACAUUUUCACAAAAUGAAGAAGUACAUUCAUUGGCAGUAAAUGAUUUGGUCACCGAACUGGAAUCAUCGAAUAUAUCAUGUGCUGCAACAAUAACAUUUGCUGAAACAGAUUUUAAAGAACAACUUUUAUUACUAAGGGAUCUUGAUACACGUAUUAUUAUUGGAAGUUUCUCAAAGGAACUUGCACCAAAAAUAUUCUGUGAAGCCUAUAAACUUGGUAUGUUUGGUGCUGAUUAUGCAUGGAUAUUACAUGAAAGUAUGAGUCCACCAUGGUUAGAUAAAAAAUCAAUAUUAUCAUCAUUAACAUCAUUUAUUGAAUCAUCAUCAUCAUCAUCAACUUCUUCUGGGUCAAAUGAAAAAUUUCCGGUAAAAACUAGUUCAUCUACAAUAAUAAAAACAGGAACAGCAACUACAGCUACAAUAAGAACUGCUACAGCAACAACAACACCGACUGCAACGGCAACAACUACAACAACAAAAACAUCAUCAUCAUCAUCAUCAACCUCAUCAUCGACCGGAUAUAUUUCAUCUGGAUUGCCUUAUAAUGCAGAUUGUUUUCAUAAUCAAUUGAUGGAAGCUGUUGAAAAUCUUAUUAUUGUUUCCAGUCAUAAUAGUAUUGUUGGCAAUCAGAUUGGUCUCAGCGGAUUGAACAAUGAAAUGUUUUUGAAUGAAUUAAAUUUAAUGAAAGUACCAAAACCAAUGUCAAAAUAUGCACCGCAAACUUAUGAUGCUGUAUGGGCAAUAGCACUUGCAUUACGUGGAGCUGAAGAUCAUUGGAAAAGUCAAACAAAAAAUCAAUCAAAAUUAGAUAAUUUUGAUUAUACUAGAUAUGAUAUGGCAUUAGAAUUUUUACAACAAAUAGGAAAACUUAAUUUUCUUGGUGUUUCCGGACCAGUAUCAUUUAGUGGACCUGAUCGAAUUGGUACAACAGCAUUUUAUCAAAUACAAAAAGGUACUUUAGAACCUGUUGCAUUAUAUUAUCCAGCUGAAAGAAAUUUAGAUUUUCACUGUCCAAAUUGUAAAACAAUAAAAUGGCAUAGUGGUCAAAUACCGAUAGCAAAAAGAAUUUUCAAAUUGAGAGUAGUAACAAUUGCACCAUUAGCAUUUUAUACAAUUGCAACGAUUUCAUCAUUUGGAAUAGCAUUGUCUAUAGCUUUUUUAGCAUUUAAUUUACAUUUCCGAAAACUUAAAGCUAUUAAACUUUCAAGCCCCAAAUUAAGUAAUAUCACAGCAUUUGGAUGUAUUUUAGUCUAUAUGGCAGUUAUACUUUUAGGAUUAGAUUUUGCAACACUUCCACAUUCUGAAAAUGCUUUUGCAACAGUGUGCACGGCACGAGUAUAUCUGCUAUCGGCAGGAUUUUCUUUAGCAUUCGGUUCAAUGUUUGCUAAAACAUAUCGUGUACAUCGUAUAUUUACACGUUCAGGAAGUGGUGUUUGUAAGGAUAAAAUGUUACAGGAUACACAAUUGAUAUCACUUGUAUGUGCUCUACUGAUUUUAGAUGGUCUUGUUGUAACAUUAUGGAUUGUUAUGGAUCCAAUUGAACGACAUUUGAAUAAUUUAACAUUAGAAAUCAGUUCAACUGACAGAAGUGUUGUUUAUCAGCCACAGGUUGAAGUUUGUCGUUCACAGCAUACACAAGGUUGGUUAGGAUUCUUAUAUGCUUAUAAAGGACUUUUAUUAAUUGUUGGCGUUUAUAUGGCAUGGGAAACAAGACAUGUUAAAAUUCCAGCAUUAAAUGAUUCACAAUAUAUUGGUGUUUCAGUUUAUAGUGUUGUAAUAACAAGUGCUAUUGUUGUUGUAUUAGCAAAUUUAAUAUCAGGACGUGUAACAUUAGCAUUUAUAACAAUAACAACAUUAAUAUUAACAUCAACAACAGCAACAUUAUGUUUAUUAUUUAUACCAAAAUUACAUGAUAUACUUGCAAGAAAUGAUGUUGUUGAUCCUGUUAUUCAUAGUAUGGGCUUAAAAAUGGAAUGUAAUACAAGACGUUUUGUAAUCGAUGAUAAACGUGAACUUCAAUAUAGAGUAGAAGUACAAAAUCGUGUUUAUAAAAGAGAAAUUUUAGCAUUGGAUGCUGAAAUCCAUAGAUUAGAAAAACUUUUAGAUACAAAUUCAUCAGCAAGUACAUCUUCGAAUGCAUCAUUAUUUCCACAAAAUAAGCCUGAAAUUAAUAUAACUGCUGAAACAGCUGGUUCAAUAUGUUUUGGUGCACCAACAACAGCACCAAAAUCAAGAACACCAAGUAUAACUGGUGGUUUACCAUAUCUUUUAUUAUCAGUUUUACCACCAGUUAUACCAAGAGCAAGUUGGCCAUCAGCUGAAUAUAUGCAAGUUCCAAUGCGUAGAUCAGUAACAUUUUCAUCACAUCCACAUUUAGAAGAUAAAAGAUCUGUAGCAGAAGUAUGUUUACCAGCUGCUGAUUUACUCAAUCUUCGUUUAGCACAUCAACAGGCAACAUCCGAAAAUAAAGGUGGUAUUAUUAAUCGUAUACGUGGAAUUUUUUCACGUCAUUCAUCAAGUAAUCGUGGUUCAUCAAUUAGUUUAUCAAAUAAUCAAAUUGGUUUAAAAGCUGCAUUUAAAAGUCAUAUGGGUAUGUUUAGUCGUUUAAUACCAGGAUCUGAAACAACAGCCUCUUGUAAUGCACUCUAUAACACAAAUAAAAAUUUAAAUGAACCAAAUGUUAGUAGUUUAGUUAAAAGUAGUACUGAUAUUGAUCGUACAACAAUUGAUCCCACAUUUUUAUGUGAUAAUCAAAAUACAUCAUCAAAAGAAAAUUUUAAAACAACUCACUUAUAUAUUAAACCACAUGAAACAAAAGUUAAUUUUCAAUUACCAGCUGGCAGAAGAUCAUCAAUAGCAAUGCAAAAUAGCAAUCAAAUAACACUACGUGAACGUAUCAAAGGUUCACCGCGUUUUCCACAUCGAAUAUUACCAACAUGUAGUUUAAGUGCACUAGAAGAACAAGAUACACCAAAAGUCAAAACGAAAUUAAAUGCAACUUCUGGUAAUUGGAAAUCAAUGGAUGUACCAAGUGUAUCAUCAAUAAUAUCAAGUGAAAAGAAGAUAUUAAAUCAAACUAUAAAAACAACUAAAAUCGAAAGUGAUAUUAAAACUAUAGCAACUAUAGAAAAUAUUUCAACAACACCAUCAAAAAUUUCAACAACAACUACAAAAUCAAUACCAAAAGUUGUUAUUACACCACAAACUAGUAUUGAAAAACAAAAAUUAGAAAAUGAAUCCAUUGGAUUAGAUCAUAUAAUUGUAAUAACAGAAAGUGAAACAUAACGUAACAUUAAUGUAACAUUACAUAACAAGAAUCAAAUAUAAUUUAACAUUGUAGAAAAAGAAAAUUUGUAAUAUUAGUGGGACACAAUUAUUUUUAAUGAAACAAAAAGAGCAAAGAUUUAUAAAAAUAAGUACAUAAAAUGUAAUUAGAAAAAAAUAUCAAUUAGAAGCAAUCGAAUUAUCAAUCAAUUUAUUAUUAUAUAUAUAUAUGUAUAUAUAUUGUACAUUUAUAAAUAUAGACACAAACUAUGUAUGUACAUACAUAGCAUACUCGUAUAUAAUAAAAAAUGCAAACUAAAUCUACUUGUUCUCAUAUCUAAAUUUAAAUAUUUAUUUAUAUAUUCAUAAUAUUUAUAUAUACAUAUAUUU